CUGGGGUCUACACGGAAAUAUUUAAGUGCUGCAACCAUGUCGAGUUCCAGGAGGCAUGUUAGGUUACGAGAAGUUAGAUUUUGAUUCCAGAAACGACUUCAUUGCUCAAAUAUUCCACAAAGCGGAGCCUCUUAACGUCCAGGAAAUAUUCAGGGAAUAAAAUAUUUCCUGAGCCAUGAUGGCCUUUAAAUCUGUGUGUCGUGUAUUCUAUCGCCGGCUGGUGUCCAGCGCAGCAGAGGCGAGGAUCCCGGCUGCAGAGCUGCGCAGGCUGCGCAGUGCAGUGUUCUCCAGGGAGCAGGAGAGGCAGCGGGCGCUCGUCACGCGCACGGAGAAGAUCGAGGUGACGAUGCAGUGUCCCGGCCUUCAGGGGUCGCUGCUCGUCAUGAACAAGGGCGUGUCCACCCCUCAUAGCUGCGCACGCCACCUGACAGAGUGGCAUGUGGACAGCUCUGCACUGGCCCUGGUGGACGGUGAGCCUUGGCCGAUGCACCGCCCCCUGACACAGUCCUGCUCGCUGACCCUGCUCACCUUCAAAGACCAGGACCCUGUCCUGGUGAACCAGGCGUACUGGCGUUCCUGUGCAGCCCUCCUGGGGCAGGUGCUUGAAAACGCCUUCAAAGAGGAGUUCACCAUAGAGCUGCUGAGGAGCCCUGAGCUGCCAGUGACCUCGGGGUCAUUUUGCUGUGAUCUGGUUCUGGACCCUCGAUUAGAUGCCUGGACUCCCUCAGAAGAGGCGCUGCGCUCUCUGACGCGUGACGCUCAGCAGCUGAUUCACCAGAACUUGCCCUGGGAGCCUCUGGAGGUGCUGCCCCCUGUGGCCCUGGAGGCCUUCACUCACAGCCGGUGUAAGCAGGAGGAGGUGGAGGAGAUGGUGGCCGAGAGUCCCAGUGGUACCGUGACGCUGUACAGAUGCGGGGACCACGUUUUGCUGAGUGGGGGCCCCCUUGUGGCCAGAACAGGGUUGUGCUCUCAGUAUGAAGUGACUGCCAUACACAAUUUAGGCCCUGGAGAGAGAGGCCUUCAUCGCCGAGCCCAGGGUCUCUCAUUGCCCUUGCAGCUACAGGCUCACCACGUAAUCUGGGGGAAGCUGAGGAAGAGAGCAGAAAAGCUGGUGGAGCUACCCCCAGCCGCUGAAGCCACACCCCCUGCCACUGAAGCCCCACCCCCUGCCACUGAAGCCCCACCCCCAGACCCACAGCAGAUUACUUCAACGCCCCAGCAAUAGCCAGCAACCUCCUUCUGCUUCCCAGUUGCGUGUGAGAGGACGGAGAACACAAAUCCUCAAUGUCAACAGUGCAUUAUUGUUUUGAAUUCUUGUGAACGUGAUAUUAAAUAUAAAAUAAAUACUGUUGCACUCCU